UAACUGUAUUUACAUGUAUAUUAUAACUAUAACAAGAGGGUGUCACUUGCAUUGAAACUGCUGUAUUGCUGUUUCAGUUUUACCUGCAACCGCAUCUUGACUGAGAAUAUAUAGAGGUGUCAAAGAAUUUACUAAGACUAUCAAUAUCAAUUAGGCAAAAAUGGCCAUACAUGAAGGUAUACGUAUCUAAAAAGCAAGUCUUGAUCUCUUAAUAUCUAUCUUUUGGAGCUCUUUAUGUCUUGAUUUUCAUUUCGAUCUGGUCACAGGUGAAACAACAGACUAUAUGCAAGUGACAACCCCUUGUAUAAUCAUUGUAUUUUUUAUCAUAGAGCAUCAUGUUCUUAUUAAUAUUUUUAACAACCGUCAUACUUUCCUGUCUCAGUCUCUUUGUGAUUCUGUUGGUAUUGCUUGGUUACUUUAUGCUGAAUGUAUGUUAACACAAGAAGCAGUUAGUAGAGUGGUGUCAGCUAGUCCCUCUAUUCCUAAUCAACGUGAGGCUCUAUUAACUGUUGUCAAAGAAGCUGUUCAAACUAAUACCAACAGUUUACAUACAUUUGCUAAUGUAUUGUGUACAAUAAGUACUAAUGUAUCACUAGGACAAGCUAUACUGGAUGAUAUUAGUAAGUAUUUUCCUACUCCUAAAGUGGGUAUGGUUUCUGAGACUCUUAAGGACGCUAUUGUUUCUCAAAAUACAAGUACUGAUGAAACCAAGAUACCAAAAAUUGCUCAAUCUGAUACAUCUACUUCUGAUGCAAGUAAUUCUGUUUCCCAACCUUUAUCGCCUCAAGUUGAAGUACACGUUCCUGUUCCUAAAGACUUACUAAUGAGCUUUACGUCAGUGAGAAUGUCUUAUGGAAGGAUGUUUUAUAAUAUUGGCAAGAUUAUUAAACGAAAAUCUCCUCCUUUGGAUGAAAUAAAGGAAUUCCUUUCUUGUUGCAGCUCAAUUCUUAGACGAAAAGUAGAGCAAUGUACUGAUCUUUCUGGUAUCUUGCAUCUUAUUCAAAACGAAUGUUCACUGACUAAUAUUGAACUCCUUCAUAGUGUAGUUGAUGAAAUGGAAGUUGCAGAAGCUACAAAAUACAUUGAGACAUAUAGAACUGAGUUAAAGGAAUUCUGCAAGUCACUCUCUAUUAGUCUUUGUUUGAAAGAAAGAUUUGAUUCCAUUCCUCAUCUUCUAUGUGAAACAGUUACUUUUAUCUUUGACUGGGAGCCUGAGGAACAUGUACUGAAGGAUAUUAAGGAUAUACUGUCAAAAGUAUCUGGUAAACUACUGAUCAUCAAGUAUAUAGAAACCUCCACUUCAAUAUCUGUCACUUGCUCUUUUCCUUUCUCUGAUGUUGGGUUUACUGUAUUGAGGAUGAUAGAGAAUAUUCAUAUACUAAUGGGACAAGGAUUAAAGAAACUGACUAUUGGUAACUUAACAUUAUGGAAGAGACAAGACGUUAGACAAAAGGAACUAAAACAAAAGGAUCAAGACUCACUACAACAUAUGGAGGUUAUUUCUUAUAUUCUACUUGAAGAAGCUGAAUAUAGACUAAAAGAUGCUAUCAGUAGCAAAGAGAAGGAAACAAUUGACUUAACACAAGAAAUAUCAAUGGCUCAAGUAUUUGAGGUAGAAUCAUUGUCUAUUCAAAGUGAUACUGAAUCAGUUAAAGAAGUUGAGGAAGAACCACUUUAUGAAGAGUUGACUGUAUUGAGCUCUCAGUUUAAUGAGAUACUAAAAGAAAAUAAAAAAUUGUCAAACAAAUUAUCAAAAAUGAAGGUUGAGUAUUUGAGAUCACUUUCUAGUAAUACUGGUUCAGCUGCUAGCAAAGUGAGAAGAGGAAUGGCUUUUGAAGCUGAUAACUGCAAAUUUCAUCUUGAAGCAAUGACAAGACCAGACUAUCAGCCAUUAGUAGAUAAUAAAAGAAUAAUAGAGAAAUUACAAGAAAGGAUAACAUUGAUGAAUAUGGAACUAAUUACUGAAAGAGAAUGCAAUGAGAAGAUUAUGAAAGAUAUUAAAGAUUUGAAAGAGACUGAGGGUGAAGAGAUUGAGUAUGAUAGUCUGAGCGAUGAUGAAGUGGAGUAUCAAAUGUGUGCAUUCAAAGUGCAUUGCAAACAUCCUGUUACUGGUAAAUUAAAGAAGUCAACACUUAAAGUUCAUGAAGAUGAAUUACUACCCACAGUACUGGAUAAAGCUUAUGAGUUGAUGAAAUUAAGUCCUCAUAUUCCCAUUGAGAGAUGUCGUUUAGUUAACUAUGAUUUUGAGAAUGAUGUAAUGUUUGAUCUUGAUGAAUCUCAGCAUCUAACUAUUGGAGAGAUUGCUGGUGGGGAUGGAGCUUAUUAUUAUUUUAGGCUAUUCUUAGAAACUUGUAAAGAAACUGAAACGUUUAAGAAAUACAGUUGUGGAGGUAUUAAUCUAAAGAUAUCAAUGGUUGAUCUGUCAACUGGUGAAGUAGAACCAGCUAAACCAGUCAGAGGUGAAUGGGGUUGGACUGUUGGAGAAUUAAAGCAGUUUAUAGGAGAAUUGUUUAAUAUUAAUUUAUCAUGCUUGAGAUUAUUAAUUGAGGAAUAUCAUAGUGGCUACAUGCAUGUCCGGGAUAUUACAGAUGUAGAAGGUUGUUUAGAGAAGAUGCUUUAUCAAGGAUACCCAUUUACUUUCAGCAAACAAGUCAGAAAGUUCAAUAUGUAUGUAUCGUCUGAUCCUGAAGAUUAUCGAAAAGAAUUCCAUAAUAGUUUGAUGUACAGAUACAUUCAGAAUCACAUCUACUGUAUACUGCUGAACAUUACAAUACCUCCUGAACCUGAAGCAACUCCCACUACAAUUCGAAAUGACACUAUUGUAUCUGAAGCUGAAAAAAGAAUGAUGAUAAAAAUUAUCUCAAUAACUGAUGAAAAGAAAGGAAAAGAAAGAAAGAUACAGGUACAAGUUGAUAAGAGAAUAACAUUAGCUCAAUUGAAGGAGGAGCUGGUUCCACUGAUUGGUGUACCAGCUACUGGUUUUAAACUGUACAGAAUCAGUGGGUAUCAAGAAUAUGAAAUGGAGAGAUGGGAUAAGACAUUAAUGGGUACUAAAUCUGGAUCGGAGUUGAUAACAAGACUGGGUAGAGCAUUAGAAAGAGGAGAGUACAGAAUUAAAUUAUAUUUGUUACAAGUUAACAAUAUAGAGUUUUGUAAUUAUUUGAUGAAAUUUGUUGUUGCUAAGAAUACACCAGUGAGAAAAAUUAAGAAACAAAUUAUUGAAGAAUUAAAGAUACAAGGAAUUGACUGUGAUCUUGAAUUAGACAAAAUGAGGUUACGUAAAAAGAUAGGUAUGUCCCCUGGUACAGUAUAUCUUGAUCAACGGGUAAUUCAUGCUAGUAGAGAAAUAUACGUCGAACAAUUGAAAGAGGAAAGAAAUAAGAAUUAUGGAGAACAGAGACAAGUAUAUGUUAUGAGGUGGCGUCCAUCACAAUGUUCAGUUGAUCCAAUAAAAGAAAUGAUACUGGAUGCUAAUUAUUAUUAUUACAGUUCUAAAUUUAUUUUUAAGCUGUCAGAGUUUAGUGGAAUUCCUGUUGAGUAUGUCUCUUAUUCACAGGUUUUAAUCUCAUUUCCAGUUGAGAUAUCAUGUCUUGACAUUGAGAAUAAGUUUAAAUGGCAUUCAAUCACUUCAGAGAGCUACUCAUUAGGACUAUAUGAUGAUGGAUGUGUCAUAUAUUACAAAGACAAUAGAGAGACAAUGAAAGAGUUAACCGAUAGAGAGAGAUCAGAAAUACAAGAGGCAGAAGAAGCAAGGUUGGAAAGAAUUAAUAAAUACAAAUGA